AUGGCUGGGCUAUUGUUGCAUGGAGGGGCAGCAUCAUUAGAAAAUUGGGAAAGGAAACGAGUGAAUGAGCAGGGGAGUGGGAGACUGACGGAUGAGAAAGGGAACAGGCUCGUGGGUGACUGGGAAGGAGAAACACAGCAAAAUCAAACAAUGUGGGGGCCCGGCGACCGCCUGCCGCCCUCCGCCGCGGGAACCGGCGUGCUGAGCGGCGACUUGCUGGCCAAGGAGGCGGCGUACAAGCGACUGAAUGCAGAAUUAGAAGCAAAAACAGAAAAACUGGUGCGUCAGGCUGAAGAAGUAAUGAAAAGCCAACAGGAGAUACUAUCUAGGCCAGUUUCAGUACAGGCUAAGUCACCUGAAGACAACAGACAGAGAGAUCUACUCAGUCCUGAAGUAUCAUCUCUCACACACUCAAAUGCCAAGCUAGCAAACAAGAAGAAAUGUGCUUCCACGCCCACAGCUCAGAACAGACCGUACUCUGGAAGUAAGGGAAAAAGAACAACUUCAAGUUCAAAAAUAAGAAACCUGGAAGUACAAAGUGCUGGUGAUGUUGCAGUACUGGAAGAUUGCAUAGAUUUUUCUUUAGCAAGAACAAUAAGCAAAAUUGAAGAAAAACUAGAGAGAGGAGGCUUACCAGGUUGUCUAGAUGAUGAUACUAUUCCAGGCAUUGGAAAUGAAAUUGGAGCAGAAGCUCAGAUCAGACUUCUUCAGGUACAGUUACGUGUUACACAGGAAAAGCUGGAUAGCGUAGUGUGUGAAUGCAAGAAAAAGGAUGAUGAAAAUCAGAAUUUAAAAUCUCGGCUUAAAGAUACUGAAGAAGAAACCAGCAGACUGCAACGAACAAUCAGCAUGCAACAUUCUCAGACUGAGAAGUACAAAAUGUUGUCACAAGAAGCAAACAAAAAAAGUGAAGGGUUACAACAAGAGGUCAUUGCACUAGAAAAGGAAUUGGAGAAUCUAAAGCGUGUACAAAAGCAGGCUGCGAGCAGUCAGAGUGCAACAGAGGUUCGCUUAAACAGGGCCCUGGAAGAAGCAGAAAGGUAUAAAGUGGAGCUGAAUAAACUGAAGCAAAGCACCAAGAAUGUAGCUAACCAGGAACUCAAAACAAUUGAAGAAUUAAAAACAGAAAACAAGAAACUGCAGAAACAAAAAGGAGAGCUAAUGAUGGGUUUUAGAAAACAGUUAAAGUUAAUUGAUAUUUUAAAGAGACAAAAGAUGCACAUUGAAGCUGCUAAGAUGCUUUCUUUUACUGAAGAGGAAUUCAUGAAAGCUCUUGAGUGGGGAAAUUAUUGAUUGCAUAAAAAAACCAACUUUAUUUGAAAUACCAAGUCAGAUGGUACAUUAUUUUGGCACUGUGUAUGAAUGCUUGUUAAUAACAACAGUUAAUAACUGUAUAGCCCUGUGAACUGAUUUUGUUAAUUUUGCUUAUGUUUAAAUCGUUUAACUUUUAUAACCCUGAUGAUAGCUUGUGUUGUAAUAUUGUAUGAAAUACAAAUUUCUGCUGAAGUUCCAGGGCAAACUUUCCAUUCUGUAAUGAGCGGAGAAGCACGGACCAUGCAAGGAAUAUUCUAACAGGUGAACUUUGUUACCAGUUUGCUCUGUUUUAGCAUUUAGAAAUGUAACUGAUCUAAGGUAAUAUUCAGUCCAAAGAAGUCAGGGUUUGGUCUCAGAAAAUUCCUUGUUGCAACAGAAUAAAUGAACCAGUGAUCCAGCAGGGAAGAAAAUGCCAGGUCCUUUUUAAAACACGUGGUUGGAAAAUUGGCCUUGUUGUUCUCUAUAACAGAUCUCCCCUCAAAGCUGGGAGCUUAAAUUAGACACCAGACCAACAACAGCUCUUUGAGAGAAAUGCUCAUCACUUUUUUUAGCUGUUACAUCUUACACCCUUGGAGGGCAAUACAUAAGACUUGCCCCUGGCUCUCCAGCUAGGCUCCACCAUCCGAUACCAUGGCAUUGUUUAAAACAGCUGCUUUUGUCAAGGUGAAAAUAUGAAAUCUUUCUCUGGCCCUCAGCUGCUGCUUUGGGAUACAGGCAGGAGCGAUGGCUCCACAUGCACAGGUGCUCUACAAGCACGACAUCCUUAAAGAUUUUAUGUCAUCUUUAUAAUCAAGAACUAGAUAAAAGUUUGAGUGUAGACGAGCUGAGCACAUCACAUGUACGUUAAUGAACAGGAGCAAUAAAGGUCUGUGCUGCUUGCGCAAACCUCUGUCAACCCCCAGCUGUUUCAGUGGAUUCCUCCCUUGAAGUAGUGGAGUAGGAACACAGCACAUAAACAGGGAGUUUAUGCACAGAAAGAAAGGUAUGAACAGUGAUUCUGACCUCAAAAUGGAAAAAUGUCUCUGCUUCAAUCCUGCUAGCAAAGCAACAUGAACUAACAGUGAAACGAGUAACUCGGAGUUACCCCUCUGAGAUGAGAGAAGCUCCAUUUACACUAGAGUUGUAGUAGUGUAAUGCCAGCGCAGAUAAAUCUGUCCAUAACAACCAGUAAUAGUGCACUAAGGGAAUCUUAUCGUC